UUGCCGUUCCCUGUUCCGCUUUUGUUUAUUCCUUUAUGCCUUGUUUUGUUUACAUUUGUGCAUCUGGAGUUCUUGGUUUGGUAGUUCCCUAGUUUAUAUAUAUAUAUAUAUACAUAUUGGUUGUAGUUUUGUAUUUUUGUCGAAGGCACUCCAUGCUAGAGUUUCUUUAUCAGUUUGUAGUUUGGUAUGCUAAGUUUAUUACAUCCCCAGGCAAGGAAGGGUAGGAUAAUGGUAACGACAUGUGAAGAAACGGGCAGUGCACCUAAUUCAACCCAAAAAGCUUAUGAGGAUGGAUUGCGCUAGAACAUAUAAGGACCACAACCCAUUCCGUCAUCCAAUGUGUGACUUAAACCCCUCAAUGUAACACGGGGCCCAACAUUGAGAAACACAACAUGGAUUGAUGGGUCUGGCUCUAAUACCAUGUGAAAAAUGGACAUUGAGCCUAACUCAACUGCAAAAGCGCUCAUGAGGAAUGGGUUGGCAAAGACCAUAUAAGGAGACUACAACUUAGUCCCUCAACUAAUGUCGGACCUAACAUAAGGUGGGGGCUCAAGUCAUCAAUGGAAUCCAAGUGGGAAAUGGCCAUUGUUAGGCUCUUGGAUAGGGGGUUUUGGGGUGGGAUUUAACCAUUAAGAAAAAAGAAGUUUGUCCUGCGUCCAGGAGUGAGGGUUAUGCUGGUCAAGCUCAUUGAGGAGUUUUGUUUCUCAAGUCUCGAAUAUGGACAGCUGAAAUACUGCAGCCAUAGUGAAUUACAUUGUAUAAGCAACAUUUGCUGGACAUCCUGUUAAAUAAUUUUAGCUUAUGACUUGUUUAACUGUCAGUUCCAUUCCCUUCUCUACUUUGUAAUUACUGUUUAGAUUGAGAUUGCAAGAAAGCUCGGUUUCUUAUAAUUAAUUAGCAAGUGGUAGGAUAUCAGAUUUCCUUUGAUGGGCAUGAUGCUUUCUUUACUGGUUUUGUAAAUUCGCCAACAGCAUGUUUUGUUUUUGGCUGAGCUGCUUGCAAACUGAUCCUUUGAGUGAAAUGACUCCACUAAAGAAAAUUUUAUGACAUAUUGCAGUUUGUUGUUAUUAUUUUACUCCACUUCAUGUGAUAUCUAUUUUGAAUUCAAAAUGUCCUGGCUUUAGUAUAGCUGAAAGUAAUUCUCUUAUUUUGUAUGCUAUUGCUGACAAACUUUUGUUAAAAGUAGAACUCAUUUGUUUAUUGUGGUAUUAGGAUUAAAUCAAAAUCAUUGUUGCUAGUGGGUGCUAGACUGGGGGUUCAACCUGGUUGCUGAACUUUGUGAAUGUAAAUAAGAUUCAGCUAUUGUUGGAGAAGAUUGAUUUCUCAUGGAUAUAGCCCUUGAAGAACACAUGAUUAAGUAAAAACAACUGAAAUGUUGUCCAAAAGAUGGUUGAUCAUGGAGUUGUCGUGCAAAAUAGUCUUCAAGUGAUUGGUGAUAUGGUUGAUGCCGUAGACAACACAUGUCACAAUAGGGAUGGUGGAGUUGCCACUUCUCCUAAGAGAAGCAUUACCGGAGUAGAAGGAAAUGCAGAUUUGGAGCCACGUGAUGGGAUUGAAUUUGAGUCCCACGAGGCUGCGUAUGCAUUCUACCAAGAAUAUGCCAAGUCCAUGGGAUUCACUACCUCGAUUAAGAAUAGCCGUCGCUCAAAGAAAUCAAAAGAAUUUAUUGAUGCUAAAUUUGCAUGUUCUAGAUAUGGCGUGACUCCGGAAUCAGAUGCUGGCACUAGUAGACGUCCCAGCGUCAAGAAGACCGAUUGCAAAGCAAGCAUGCAUGUUAAGAGAAAGCGAGAUGGAAAAUGGUAUAUCCAUGAGUUUAUAAAGGAUCAUAAUCAUGAGCUUUUACCAGCCUUGGCUUAUCAUUUCCGUAUUCACAGGAAUGUUAAACUUGCUGAGAAAAAUAACAUUGAUAUUCUUCAUGCUGUUAGUGAACGAACAAGAAAGAUGUAUGUUGAGAUGUCUAGACAAUGUGGUGGAAGUCAAGAAGUUGGCUUGCUAACUAACGAUUUAAAUUACCAGUUAGAUAGAGGCAGGUGCUUGUCAUUAGAAGAGGGAGAUGCGCAAGUUAUGCUCGAGUAUUUCAUGCAUAUCCAGAGAGAGAACCCAUACUUCUUUUAUGCGAUUGAUCUCAAUGAAGAUCAACGCUUAAGGAACUUGUUCUGGAUUGAUGCCAAAAGUAGGAAAGACUAUGUCAGCUUUAGUGAUGUGGUUUUCUUUGAUACCAGCUAUACGAAAAGCAAUGAGAAGAUGCCGUUUGUUCUUUUUGUUGGGGUAAACCAUCAUUGUCAACCUAUGUUGCUUGGAUGUGCACUUGUAGCAGAUGAGACCAAACCAACAUUUGUGUGGUUGAUGAAGACGUGGCUUAGGGCAGUCGGUGGGCAGGCUCCGAAGGUGAUGAUCACUGAUCAAGAUAAGUCACUCAAAGCAGCUAUUGAAGAAGUUUUCCCGUGUUCACGUCACUGCUUUGCGCUUUGGCAUGUGCUUGAAAGAAUUCCGGAUAUUCUUGCUCAUGUCGUAAAGCAGCAUGAGAAUUUCAUGGAAAAAUUCAGCAAAUGUAUAUUUAAGUCAGUAACUGAUGAACAAUUUGAUUUAAGAUGGUGGAAGAUGGUCAGCAGAUUUGAACUGCAAGAGAAUGAAUGGAUUCAUACCCUGUAUGAGGAGCGCAGAAAGUGGGUUCCAGCUUACAUGAGAGGGAGUUUUUUUGCUGGAAUGUCAACAGCUCAACGAUCAGAGAGUAUAAGCUCCUUCUUUGACAAGUACAUUCAUAAGAAAAUUAGUCUCAAAGAGUUUAUGAGACAAUAUGGAAUGAUUCUGCAAAAUAGAUAUGAAGAGGAAGCAGUAGCAGACUUUGAGAUAUUGCAGAAACAUCCUGCUUUAAAAUCACCUUCACCUUGGGAAAAGCAGAUGUCAACAAUUUAUACACAUGCUAUAUUUAGGAAAUUUCAAGUUGAAGUGUUGGGUGUAGUUGGGUGCCAUCCAAAGAAGGAAGCUGAAAAUGGGGAAACUGUAACUUUUAGAGUUAAUGACUGCGAGAAAAAUGAAAAUUUUAUGGUGACGUGGAAUGAGGCAAAAUCAGAUGUUUCUUGUUCGUGCCUUCUAUUUGAAUACAAAGGUUUCCUUUGUAGGCAUGCAAUGAAUGUUCUUCAGAUCUGUGGUCUUCCAAGCAUCCCAUCUCAAUAUAUUUUGAAGAGGUGGACCAAAGAUGCAAAGAAUAGACAGUUGUUGCUUGAGGGGACCGAAAGAAUAACAAGGGUGCAAAGAUACAACGAUCUAUGUAGAAGGGCAAUUGAACUGGGUGAGGAGGGUUCCUUAUCUGAGGAGAGUUACGGUAUUGCCUUCCGUGUCCUAGAUGAAGCUCUAAAGGACUGUGUGAAUGUUAACAAUAGAAGUUCUACAUUAACAGAAUGUAGCAGCAGUGCUAUUGGACUUCGUGAUCUUGAACAAGAUACUCAAGGGAUUCAUGCUACCAAAACAAGUAGGAAGAAAAUUACAAACAAGAAACGGAAGGUGCACACUGAACCAGAAGCUGCAAUAGUUGAAGCUCAAGAUAGCUUGCAGCAGAUGGAUAAUCUUAGUGUGGGUGGAAUGACAUUAAAUGGCUAUUAUGGCACACAGCAGAAUGUGCAGGGACUGAUACAGUUGAAUUUGAUGGAACCUCCCCAUGAUGGCUAUUAUGUUAACCAGCAGAAUAUGCAGGGACUGGGACAACUCAAUACAAUUGCACCUGGCCAUGAUGGGUUUUUCGGGUCUCAACAAAGCAUUCCUGGACUAGGGCAUCUGGAUUUUAGGCAGCCGAGUUUCUCAUAUGGUCUGCAGGAAGAGCCUAGUCUAAGAGCUUCUCAGCUGCAUGGUAACAGUGCUAGACAUGCAUGAGGAUGAUCGUUUCUGUUGGUCAUGCAUUUUCUUUGAGGAAAACCCUCAUCAGAUUUUCGAUAGAAGUAUUCACUUGUGUAUCAUGGAAGUUGACUCGAAGGCUGACGGAGCACUGAGUUCCAAUUUUGAUGUCAUGCCUCGGUAGAUAAUGGCGUGCUCAGGUUACUGUCUUUCGGAACCUUUUUUGUUUCACAGGAUCAGAAAUUCAGAUUGGUUUACAAACCAAAUGUAGAUAUCUUAGGUAAAUCUCAGAGGUAAUGAUUUAGAUUUUUUUGAAUGUUAUUGAAAGUUCAAAAUUUUCAUGAACCUUGGCUCCCUUUCCGGCA